UUGAUUGCAGGCAGCAGAUAGGGAGGGUGCAAUUUUCAUCAGAGCUAACGGAAGACGCAAGGCCACAACCACCAACAACUCCAGAAGCAGCAAACAUGGCCACUUUUAGAUUUGGAAGUAGCGUUGGUCCGACUGGAAUAAACUCUGAAAAUCAACCGAACAGCUCGAUUGAUCAGAGUGCUUAUGGUGAAGACACUCUCAAUGAUGACGCAGACCCCAACAGGAUUGUGCAGUGCCCAUAUGACAAAAACCACCAGAUCAGAGCCUCUCGCUUCCCUUUUCAUGUUCUCAAAUGCAGGAAGAACCACCCCAAACUGGCCUGUGAGCUAAAGACCUGCCCCUUCAAUGCCAGACACUUGAUUCCCAGGCAUGAGUUGUCUCAUCACAUAACAAACUGUGAGGACAAGAGGUCUCUGAAUGCCGAAGAGGGGAAAAUAGAGGUCCUGGAGAAAUUCCAGGUGCCCGUUAACACCUGCACAAACCCUUCACCUAAUGAGGACUGGGAAACAGAGACUGAUGAUAAUGCUGCCAUAUUUGUCUGGGGUGAAUCCAGCAAUCAGCUUGCUCAAAACAAGCCAGAGCCAUCUACCACCAUCAGUUUAUCCGAUGGACUCCGGGCACCACGGACUCUUCCAUGGAAACUCUGAUAUGUCACCCCUGGACAGACUUCAGCAGAAAAUCUUACCUUUUAGAAUACUUUAAGCGCUGUGUGAUUUUUCUAGCUAAUCUUGUUUAGUCUACUUAUCUUUUAAAGCUUUUAAUUUUUGAAGUGUUGUGAAGUAGUACAAAUAUUUCCCUUUUCCUAUUUUCUGAACGUUAAUGCACAGCUGUAACCGGCUACGAUCCCUGUGCAGAGACACUCCUUAUUAAACCUAGCAUUUCAGUAUUUCAUCUUUCAAUGAAGAAACAUCAGUAUCAAUCUUUCUGGACCAUUUGUUUAGACUCUUUUCUAUUUCCUAGCUGUGGUGACCUUUAAAAUUGACCUGUAUGAUUCAUUAAAGGUUUCUUUAAGCGUA